UCUUCACGAACAAACAGCCCCCUCAUCACCCCACUUCCCUCCUCCGCCUAACUCGCGACGACACUUCGACCACGCCCUCGUCGCUUCUGACCACCCAAUCCACCACACCACACCGCUACGAUGGCGGACAACAUCAUCUCCAACAGCCGGGACUCGGAGGAGCAGUCCAACGCAGGCACCAUGGAGUUGAAGGAGAACACAGUCGUCAUCGUCCUCGGCGCUUCAGGCGAUCUCGCAAAGAAGAAGACCUUCCCGGCGCUCUUCGGCCUAUUCAGGAACGGAUUCCUGCCCAAGGACGUCAAGGUGGUCGGAUACGCUCGGACCAAGAUGGAUCACGAGGAGUUCCUCAAGCGAGUCAAGUCACACAUCAAGACACCCACAAAGGAGAUGGAGCAACAGUUGGCGGAGUUUGUCAAGUUCACCACCUACGUGAGCGGUCAGUACGACAAGGAUGACAGCUUUCAAGAGUUGGAGAAGCACUUGGGCGAGCUGGAGAAGGAUCAGAAGCACAACAACCGCGUGUUUUACAUGGCACUGCCACCAUCCGUCUUCAUCCCAGUGUCGGAGCACCUCAAGAAGAACAACUACCCGAAGAACGGCAUUGCCCGCAUCAUCAUCGAGAAGCCUUUCGGCAAGGAUCUCGAGUCGUCGCGCGGUCUCGACAAAGCUCUCCGCCCCAACUGGAAGGAGGAGGAGAUCUUCCGCAUCGAUCACUAUCUCGGAAAGGAGAUGGUCAAGAACAUUCUCAUUCUUCGUUUCGGAAACGAAUUCUUUGGCGCUACUUGGAAUCGCAACCACAUCGAUAAUGUCCAAAUCACUUUCAAGGAGCCAUUCGGCACAGAGGGACGCGGCGGCUACUUUGACGAGUUCGGCAUUGUCCGCGAUGUCAUGCAGAACCACCUCCUUCAGAUCCUCACUCUCCUCGCUAUGGAGCGCCCCAUCUCCUUCAGCGCCGAGGACAUUAGAAAUGAGAAGGUUAGGGUCCUUCGCGGUAUGCCGAGCAUCGAGCCAAAGGAUGUCAUCAUCGGACAGUACGAGAAGUCGCUUGACGGAUCCAAGCCAGGCUACAAGGAGGACGACACCGUGCCCAAGGGCUCGCGCUGCCCCACCUUCGCCUCCAUGGUCGCCUACAUCAAGAACGAGCGCUGGGAUGGUGUGCCAUUCAUCCUCAAGGCAGGCAAGGCUCUCAACGAGCAGAAGACGGAGGUUCGCAUCCAAUUCAAGGACGUGACAUCUGGCAUCUUCAAGGACAUUCCCCGCAACGAGCUGGUCAUCCGUGUCCAGCCAAACGAGAGCAUCUACAUCAAGAUGAACUCGAAGCUUCCGGGUCUCAGCAUGCAGACGGUGGUGACCGAGCUCGACCUUACCUACCGACGACGAUUCUCCGACCUUAAGAUUCCGGAGGCCUACGAGAGCUUGAUCCUCGACUCUCUCAAGGGCGAUCACUCCAACUUCGUUCGUGACGACGAGCUCGACGCCUCCUGGCGCAUCUUCACCCCUCUCCUGCACUACCUCGACGAGAACAAGGACAUCACACCAAUGGGUUACCCAUACGGAUCGCGCGGCCCAGCCGUCCUCGACGACUUCACCUCAUCCUACGGAUACAAGUUCAGCGAUGCUGCAGGUGUGACUCACGAAGCUCGGGAUUGAGAGAGAGGCGCAACGAACGAACGACGAACGAACGAAAUACGCAUC